GUGAGUGGUCUCCUCCUCCGGCGGGCGCUGCGGCGGCCUCCCUAGAGUGGCGCGGGACGGCCGGGCGGGCGUGAAGCUGUCUGCACGGUAAUUGCCGCGUCCCCAUGUCUGCGUGUCCCGAGAUCUCGGUGGCUUCUUCCCCGGAGCGCGCUCUUAGGGCGAUUCCACAGAGUCCCCGUUCGAGCCACCCCAGCCAGGGCAACGACUAAGAUUCCAGAUGGCAAAUUCUAUGAAUGGCAGAAAUCCUGGUGGUCGAGGAGGAAACCCCCGCAAAGGUCGAAUUUUGGGGAUUAUUGAUGCUAUUCAGGAUGCAGUCGGACCCCCCAAGCAAGCUGCAGCUGAUCGGAGGACUGUGGAGAAGACUUGGAAACUCAUGGACAAAGUGGUAAGAUUGUGCCAAAAUCCCAAACUUCAGUUGAAAAAUAGCCCACCAUAUAUACUUGACAUUUUACCUGAUACGUAUCAGCAUUUGCGACUUAUACUGAGUAAAUAUGAUGACAACCAGAAGCUUGCUCAACUGAGCGAGAACGAGUAUUUUAAAAUCUACAUCGAUAGUCUCAUGAAGAAGUCAAAGCGAGCCAUCCGGCUCUUUAAAGAAGGCAAGGAGAGGAUGUAUGAAGAACAGUCGCAGGACAGACGGAAUCUCACAAAAUUGUCCCUGAUCUUCAGUCACAUGCUGGCAGAAAUUAAGGCAAUCUUCCCCAAUGGCCAGUUCCAGGGAGAUAACUUCCGGAUCACAAAAGCAGAUGCUGCUGAAUUCUGGAAGAAGUUCUUUGGAGACAAAACCAUUGUACCAUGGAAAGUCUUCAGACAAUGCCUGCAUGAGGUCCAUCAGAUUAGCUCUGGCCUGGAAGCAAUGGCUCUAAAAUCAACCAUUGACUUAACUUGCAAUGAUUACAUCUCAGUUUUUGAAUUUGAUAUUUUUACCAGGCUAUUUCAGCCCUGGGGCUCUAUUUUACGGAAUUGGAAUUUCUUAGCUGUGACACAUCCGGGGUACAUGGCAUUUCUCACUUACGAUGAAGUUAAAGCACGGCUACAGAAAUACAGCGCCAAGCCUGGAAGCUACAUUUUCCGGUUAAGCUGCACUCGGCUGGGACAGUGGGCCAUUGGCUAUGUGACUGGGGACGGCAAUAUCCUGCAGACCAUACCUCAUAACAAGCCCUUAUUCCAAGCCCUGAUUGACGGUAGCAGAGAAGGCUUUUAUCUUUAUCCUGAUGGACGAAGUUAUAACCCUGAUUUAACCGGAUUAUGCGAACCUACACCUCAUGAUCAUAUAAAAGUGACACAGGAACAAUAUGAACUGUAUUGUGAAAUGGGCUCCACUUUCCAGCUCUGUAAGAUCUGCGCAGAGAAUGACAAAGAUGUCAAGAUUGAGCCUUGUGGACAUCUGAUGUGCACCUCGUGCCUUACUGCGUGGCAGGAGUCUGAUGGCCAAGGCUGCCCCUUCUGUCGCUGUGAAAUAAAAGGAACUGAGCCCAUCAUCGUGGAUCCCUUUGAUCCCAGAGACGAAGGGUCCAGGUGCUGCAGCAUCAUUGACCCUUUCAGCAUCCCCAUGCUUGACUUGGAUGAUGAUGAUGAUCGAGAGGAGUCCUUGAUGAUGAACAGGCUGGCAAGUGUUCGAAAGUGCACUGACAGGCAGAACUCACCAGUCACAUCACCAGGAUCCUCACCCCUUGCCCAGAGAAGAAAGCCUCAGCCAGACCCUGUCCAGAUCCCCCACCUCAGCCUGCCACCAGUGCCUCCUCGCCUGGAUCUCAUUCAGAAAGGCAUUGUCCGCUCUCCCUGUGGCAGCCCCACAGGCUCCCCGAAGUCAUCUCCAUGCAUGGCGAGAAAGCAAGACAAACCACUCCCAGCCCCGCCGCCUCCUCUAAGAGAUCCUCCCCCUCCACCAGAGAGACCUCCCCCCAUCCCACCUGAAAACAGACUGAGCAGACACUUCCACCAUGGAGAAAGUGUGCCUUCCAGGGACCAGCCAAUGCCUCUCGAAGCCUGGUGCCCUCGGGAUGCCUUUGGGACUAAUCAGGUGAUGGGCUGUCGAAUUCUAGGGGAUGGCUCUCCGAAGCCUGGAGUCACAGCAAACUCCAACUUAAACGGAAGACACAGUAGAAUGGGCUCCGACCAGGUCCUUAUGCGGAAACACAGACGCCACGAUUUGCCUUCAGAAGGAACCAAGGUCUUUUCCAAUGGACACCUUGCCAGCGAAGAAUAUGAUGUUCCUCCUCGGCUUUCCCCUCCUCCUCCAGUCACUGCCCUUCUCCCUAGCAUAAAGUGUACUGGUCCAUUAGCAAAUUGUCUCUCAGAGAAAACAAGAGACACGGUAGAGGAAGAUGAUGAUGAAUACAAGAUUCCUUCAUCCCACCCUGUUUCCCUGAAUUCACAACCAUCUCAUUGUCAUAAUGUCAAACCUCCUGUGCGGUCUUGUGAUAAUGGUCACUGUUUGUUGAAUGGAACUCAUGGUACGCCUUCAGAGAUGAAGAAAUCAAACACCCCAGAGUUAGGCAUCUAUUUGAAGGGAGAUGUUUUUGAUUCAGCCUCUGAUCCAGUGCCAUUACCACCUGCCAGGCCUCCACCCCGGGACAACCCAAAGCAUGGUUCUUCACUCAACAGGACGCCCUCUGAUUAUGAUCUUCUCAUCCCUCCAUUAGGUGAAGAUGCUUUUGAUGCUCUCCCCCCAUCUCUCCCUCCUCCCCCACCUCCUGCAAGACAUAGUCUCAUUGAACAUUCGAAACCUCCUGGCUCCAGUAGCCGACCUUCCUCAGGACAGGACCUUUUCCUUCUUCCUUCAGAUCCUUUUUUUGAGCCAGCAAGUGGCCAAGUUCCUUUACCUCCUGCCAGGAGAGCACCAGGAGACAGCAUCAAGCCCAACAGAGCCUCCCAGGACUAUGACCAGCUCCCUUCAUCUUCGGAUGGUUCGCAAGCACCAGCUCGACCCCCCAAACCACGACCCCGCAGAACUGCACCAGAAAUUCAUCACAGAAAACCCCAUGGGCCUGAGGCAGCAUUGGAAAAUGUCGAUGCAAAAAUUGCAAAACUCAUGGGAGAGGGUUAUGCCUUUGAAGAAGUGAAAAGAGCCUUAGAGAUUGCCCAGAAUAACGUAGAAGUGGCCAGGAGCAUACUUCGAGAAUUUGCCUUCCCUCCUCCAGUCUCUCCACGUCUAAACCUAUAGCAGUCUGAACUACAAGCACCAAAGUGUAAAACAGUUGACAAAAUAUUCCAGGAGUAUGGAAUAGAAGGACUGAGAGGGGAUGCAGGAGCCCCAGCGUCUUUUUGCAUGGCGCCUCCAGAAGGGAGGCCUAGAGUACCACUUCUCUGGAGAUCACGGCUCCCCUAGGAUGCCCACGCUGCAGCUUCUGUGUUUGUGCUAGCCAUACUUUUAAAUCAGGGUUGAACUGAUAAAAUAAUUUAAAGACGUUUACUCCCCUUGAACUUUGAAUCUGUGAAAUGCUUUUCCUUGUUUACACGUUGGCAGAGUUGCGUUUUGUCUCUAUUUUGGAUUCCUGUACUGUGUUCCUGACAGGCCCUUUGUAGAAUUGGUCACGUCUGCUGUAACCUUUUCAUGCCCGCCCCUGCUGUCCGCAUCAGCAGCAAAAUCAUUUGUUUGUGUUGCUCUCUAUCCAGGCCCCACCUCAAGUCCCCAGGUCCAGUUUCAUUGCUCCCAUUUAUACGACAUGCUAGUCUGAAGGUUCUGAUUUACAGCAUCUCAACGAAUGCAGAAAGAAAAAGAAAAUGUGUGUGUCUUGUCUUCACUACUGAGUCUUUUCUUUGGUGAACCAUCACUGUUGAGAGGUGGGGGGGUAAACCUGAAUGUAUAAAGCAUUAUUUGUCAAUAAGCUGCCUUUUGUAAAGGGUUUUUAUAUAAUAUAAAAGAGCUUCCCCUUGUCAGUGCGAGUGCUGUGACCUUUCGUUUCCAUAUUCUCCCUCUUACAGCCCCAGAGUGCCAUGAUGCUGUAAAAGUGACUACUGCAGAUGUAGGGAAACAGGCUCGCAUGAGACAGUGCUGUGUUCCAGGACCAUAAUGAGAUCCCCUGAUUGUUUAUGCCUGUAUCACUUUCAGUAAAGCUGGAAAGGUGGCCGUACUCCUCACAAUCUGUUAAUAUGCCUUUAGAUAGGUCAUGGACACCCCUUUGCCCGUGGAAUGCAGUCCAUUUUCCAAUUCGGGUAUGUCACCCUGGCUCUUCACAGUGUGCGAGCCUCCUCCUGAGGUACUGAUGACUGUUAUGUGCCACUGCUACUGCAGCCAUGGUACUUGCAAAUCCCCAGGACCCUUCCUCCAGUCAAACUAGGAUUCCUGUUUACUCUGUGGGUUUUCUCUUUGAUUGUUCCAUGUUGCCCCAUCCAGUCCAGAUGAAGACUUUACAUAAUUUUGCCUUUUUAAACAAAAUAAGUGGGUCUUCUGAACCAUGGUAUUAGUUUGAAUCUAAAAUAUCUAUUGACCAUCUGCGGUGUGCGUUGCACUCUUGGGUUGUUUAAAGCGCAAACUGGCUCUAAGAUAUUGUUGUAUAUAUGUGUUUGAUGAUAAAUGUCCUCUAAUCUGAUGGAUGAAGCACCAGAAAUUGAUGCGAGAGCUUCAGACUCCAGAAAUUUUAGGGUUUUUUUUAUCCCUAAUAAUGGAAAAAGAAAAUCAAAGCUAUCUCCCUUACAAAAAUUUCUUGACCAAAUUUGAUACUUCCUAAAGAUAGACUUAGUUGUAGGUUCAUGGAAGGUUUGUACCACUCCUUGUUCCACACCCAGUGGGACACACAGAAAUGCCUCAGAUGGUGAGUCUCAAUCCUGACUAGGGAGAAGAGAGACCUAUUGGAUAGAUCUGAUGGAGUUGGUGAUGUAAAAGAUUUAUGCACGAAGCCAUAUUUGCCCCAGCAAGGGGGUUCGGCACAUUCCUUUGCAGUCUGACUUGCAUAGGGUGAGACGGACUUGAGGAUUCACAGUCUGUUCUAGAUUUGUUCCGAUAACCCUAGGCUGCUUCUGCCCCCAGAGGGGUAUUUCUAAUUUCCUUAGAGUGCUAUUCCUAUAAGGAAGUAUGAGUACAGUUUUUAUGCUAUUUUUUACAAUUGGCUACUUGUUUUAUCUGCCCAUAAUUUUUUAACUUGUUUUAUAUAGAUUCCGAUGUCAUAUGGGGACAGUGCUAUGUAUUUGGGGCUUUAUGUAUCUUGCCAACCAUCGACAUAACCUAAAACCAAAAUGCCCAUUUGUUAACAUUGUUAGAACACCUUAAUAGAUUAAAGGGUGAUGUAAGACAGGAACGCUGGGAACUGCAACAUAUUUUCAUACACUUCUUUAGAGUAAUACAUGAAACUAUCAGCAAGAAUUUAAAAGCUAAAAAUGUGAUGAUACCAUUUGUUUGGACCUGAGGUUAGGAAGGAAAGAGUAAGUUUCUGAAUUGUACCAAGAUCCCUGCAUCUUCCCCUGGCAACUGCCAGUUUUGUCAUAAAGUAAAGCAGUGAGUCUUUUAUAAAACAAUGGAGAACAAAAAACCAUGGAAUUCACAGAAUGUGUUUAAGGACAUAGGUCAAAUUAAUUUUCAUUAUGAAACAGACUACUAGCUAUACUUUCCAGAUGAUUCAGACUUUAUUCCCUCUGAUCCAGAAUGUUAGACUUUCCUCCCAAAACUCAAGAUUUGACAAUAAAAUUACCCUUAGACGUAUUUACUAUGAUUUAAACAAUUAAAACAAAUCAUGGCUAAUUUUAGCCCCUACCUACAAGUUGUUCUGGUGUUGAGGACUUAGGAUCCAUCUCCUGUGAAGUUCCAUUUCCAGUAAUCGGGGAGCGUUUUUGUUGUGUUGUUUGUGUGUAUGUGAAUCACCUUUUUUUCCUCCCUGAUCUGUUGGUAUCUGAUAUAUCACAGCCAAGUUUUCUAGAACCAAAUCCAGUCAUUUUAAUGUUUAACUUGAACUUUCUACCCUCAUUAUAGUUGUUAGCCCUUCCUGCUCCUCCGCCCCGCCCAGAGUGCAAAAGAGCCCUAAGUACAACCUCCAAGGUCUGUUUGCUAACUAAGCAUUUCUCACACAAAGGACACAUGCAAAAAUUUAUUCAUAAUGUGAACUCCUUACUUGUUCAGUUCCAGAAGCAUUUUUUCCAUUCUGAACGUGACUUUGCCUCUCGGAUAUUCAACUUGAAGCUUUAGUUUGCACUGAAUUCUCUCAUCUGGUUUUGAGAUGUUUCAGAUGGACUGAUUUGGAAGUAAAAUGCGGCAUAUUUUAAACAUGAAUGCAGGUCCUGCCUGUAAACCUGGAAUACUAGAGCUUCAAGGAAGAGGUUCCGGAAAAAGACAGCAAUAGAAAGGCUCCCUUCUCAAUUCUCGUUUUUAUUGUUUUGAAAUGCAUUUUUUACACUUGUCUAAUGUGGCAAAAUAGUUAUGUGUUCAAUUAAUUUAUAUUUUAUUCUUCCUCUUUUUCAAUUCUAGAUAUGUAACCUCAAGUACUUUAUCUGUUCUUUUAAGGUAUU